AACAGAUCCGUCUGCUCCGAAGAAACAAUCUGAGAAUGAGGGAGAAAAGGAGGCAGGACAUUCCAGCACUGACCAGAUUGCUGCUGGUGUCAGUAAACUCAGUAUUAAGAGGAGGAGCAUCUCUGUCCUACUGUAUAAAAUACCGACCAGCUUCAUCCAUAUCAUGAGAGCACACAACAAGGAUAAAACCAAAAUGUCUACAUCUGACCAUCAGUCACACAAAGAGGAGAAAGAUCCAUCAGCUAUGAACAAACAAUCGGAGAAUGAGGGAGAAAAGAAGGCAGGACAUUCCAGCACUGACCAGAUUACUGAUGGUGUCACUAAACUCAGUAUUGAGGAGCCAACAGCACCAUCGGACAGAGAUAAAAUCAGAGUCAAAUUUUUGAUCAAUGUCCCAGUGGGUGUUACACCUGAGAUGAGUGGAAGACCUGAAUCACAUUGCCAGACAUUUCUUGAUCUUCUAAGGAGGACAGCUUUCAAGCCAGAAGAUGAACGUCGUUAUGAGGAUAUUGCUGUAGUUUUCGGCCUUAAUGGAAAUGAGUCGGAUAAAGGUGCCAUAGAUACAGAAUUUGACAAGCAAAUUACUUCAAAAAUUGCUUUUAGAAAAUUCUGCUUUCCAUGGCCAGGCAACGACAUCCCAUAUCGAAAAAUCAGAGAAACAAUUAAAAACCAUGAACACACCAGGGAAUUUGUUAAACUAUUUAGGACAGACAACCUUGAAUGUAUAAUCUAUUUCUGCUUUUUUGACGCAGACACAGUGCAUUUUAAUCAUGUGUUGAGCUCUUACAUAGAUGUAAUCCACGAGCACAAGUACCCAACAGUGAUGUCAACAGGUUAUGUGUUCCCUAAGGACAGUGAGAACAGAGAAAGAAGUGAACGUGAUCGACAGGUGCGGAUAAAAACAGCUGAGCACUUUCCUCUGGGCACUUACUACCCUGAGCCCAAUUUCUGUGUGUUUCUACCUCUUGGAGAACACACUCUUCCUGAGAAGUUUGAUUGUUCAGAAAGAGAUUCUAAUAAUAACAUGGAAUCUCCUAAUUUGAUAACUCAAGUAAAAAACCGUUGCAAAGCUGUGUUUGCAGACAAAAAUCCAGUUGUAACUAGUGAUUCAAAAAAGAAUCAGUUUCACACCAAUCCACGGACCUGGGCAACUAGUGCUUAUGCACACAAAGAGCUUAAACUUACUGAAGAAUAUAUACAGGAGAUAAAAGAAAAAAAACGAAAAGAAAAAGAAACAAAAGAAGAAAAACCGAAAGAAGAAAAACCGAAAGAAAAACCGAAAGAAGAAAAACCAAAAGAAGAUGUUCCAAAUGACGGCCGUGCUAGAAAUAUGGCGCAUAUUCCUUUGUUAACGGAUCUGCUAAAAGAUGAUACUAUCACAGAAACACAGAAUAGAAGACAUUUUAAGAGACCAGGCGCUGAUCAAGUAUUCAAGGCAGCUAGAGCUGUUCGGGACUUGAUUGAACAAUAAAAUGAGACACAGAUCGUGGGUCCAACUGCAGUUUAAUAGGGUCAAUCCAAAACCAUAAUCCAAAAAACAGGCGAAAAUCAGAUUCCUAAUAACCAGUCCACAAAGGAAUAACGGAAAACACAUGAAAUAACCAAAGAAAACAAGGCAGAGAGGCAGUGUAACAUUAACAAGACUACAUGAUCAUGACAUAAGACCUGUUUAAAUAAACAGAAAGCAGGUCUAAUGAGGCACAGGUGACAUUGAUCAACAAUCAUGAGUCCAGCAAAGGGUUAUGGGAAAUGGAGUCCAGAACUAAUAACAACGGUAUGGGAUGUAGUGCCCUCUUGUGGUUGUAUGUGGUGCCCCUAUGUGCUUAUUGAAGGGGUGGGUUCAUGGGGUGGCAAAAUUAUUAAUCAAUUAUUAAUCAACAUGUAUCCUUCAAUAACAAUAAUGAUUUAAAUAAAGAUCCAAUCAGUACCUUUUGUGAUUAUGUUAUACAUAUUAUUGAGUGUUACUAGAAUAGUUCCUGGUUCUUAGGACAUAUGUUCUUUCUAUGUUGUCAUGACUGUAUGAAAUGUAUGAAACAGGUGUACUGACGUGUUCCUUUAUUCACAGUCCCAUCAGAAUAUUUCUCAUGAAAUAUAGCUCAUUUUUGGGUUAAACUUCUGAAAGAGAAGGGUGUCUUAUCAUCAAGUUUUGAGAACAUUCUGCUGACCAGAGUGAGAAACACAUAUUUGCAGAAGUAAUGACAUAGAUGAGUUGUUUCUGUCAGCAUAAAUCCUACUGUAUGGAUGUAACAGCAGGUCGGCCCGUGGAACUCCUCGUGAGUGCUGAAGCUGACCUCUGCUUGUUUUCCUUCAGUAAAUGUUCUUUGAUCAUCUUCAUCUCUGACUCAUUGUCUUCAUUCAUUAUAACUGGUCUUUACUGUACAUUCCCCUGCUGUAUAAAUGGGCCUCAUGCUAAUUGCCCAUAUGGAUUGCACAUAGGAUUGCACCUGACCAGAGGUGGGACUCGACUGGACAACAUCAUCCUCAGUCCCUUUAACCCAACUAACAUUUGUGUGUGGGGCCCAUGUGGGUUUGAAAUUCUGUAUGGGAUCGUCUGCGGGUUCCACAAUGUCCCCAUGCCAUUUACAAAUGAAAAAAUAAUCAUUUCUGUUCAACCUAACCCAUGCAACACCUUCCUUAACCACAAGGGGUCUGAUGCCCUGUUGAGAAUCUGAACAUGCGCCCCUAAGGCUAAUAAGAAAAACACUAGUAACUUGAACACAACUGCUAUAAUUGUUAGAUGACAUGUUAAAUGACUUAAACAAUGUUAAAUAUAAAGUCAAAUUAAAAAUAGUCAUUAAUUAAUAUGAUUUAUUUAGAAUAAACAAGUAAUAAGAUAAGUGAGAGGUACACUGGUGUGGAUUUAAUGUGUCUGGAUGAUUGCAUGAUUCUGGGUGAAGUCUAAUGUUGACCUUGAUCUGAACAUGAUGAAGCUGAUGGGGGUCUUGCAUGAGCUUGUUGGGCAGAGACCUCCAGUCAACAGAAAGGGUAUAAAACACUUAAUACAUAACAGCCGUGGUGAGAGAAGAAUGACAUUUACAUUGUUUUGUGCACUGGUGAAAAAGAUAAAUGAACACCAUGCUGUGAUGCUCGAGAAUUUCUUUACUCAAAAUUAAUAUCAUUUUGUGAUAUCUGUAAUGUGUUCUUCUCUUCUUCAUUUUAAUCUGUUCAAAUUAGAGAGCCUAAAAUGUAAACUAAUUCUAUAAGAGGAAUAAGAAAAUGUAAAGCCCACUGCUAUGUGUCCACUGGUUUAUAAAAAAUAUAUGCACACAUUUAUUGAUUUAAUGCUUUCCUAAAAUGUCAACCUUGAUCUCACAUAGUGUGAGAGCACAUUAGGGUUCAUGUCAAACCUUCUAAUACAGAAACACUGACUGUAAAAAAUAAAAAAGUGCCACGGAUGAGCCACAUAAAAUAUAUAUUUUUAAAAGCAUUAAAACAUAAAGAUCAUUAUUAUUAAAGCCUAAAGAUAAGUCAUUAUUAAAGUCAUAAUAGGAUGAGUUUACAGACUAUUUACAUCAUAUCACUGAGAGUGAGAAGAUUUGUUUACUCAAAUGAUUGAUAUUUGUGUAUCAAAUUGGUUGUAGGAUAAGGAUCUUCGAGAAAAGUUAAUUUUUAUUUUCUAAAAGCCUGGUUUGCCCUCUUGUGGUGAUGUUUUGAAACGCGAAGGUCGAUUUACUUUUUAGUUGCAGAUUUGCAGCGCUACAAAACUUUAUGAAACUGUAAUUGUCUUCACUUGACGUAAUCACAGCAGCCCUGAUUAAACUUAUUAUUAUUAUGCAAAACAAUCAAGUUAACCUCUGCUUCGUGUUCCCAUUCACAGCUCAUCCUUAUUCUGUCCUACACACUAUCACCAUCUGACAUAUUGCAAUUGCGCAAAACGAAGACAUUUUAAUCUUGUGAUAUAUAUCCGAUCAUAAUUAUCUAAACCAAUAAAAACAUUCAUUUGAUGUUUGAAUCUAAUGAUUAGUUUUGAUGCAAUCACACUGACAGUGAUUAUCUCGUGAGCACAUUCUCUGGGGCAAAGGUCAGGGGGUCCGUGGUGGUACUGCAGGGGCUCUUCCAAUUCUUUCAUAUCAAAAUAUAAGUAUCAAACAUAUAGGCCUUAACGCUACACAACGUUGAAUAGCAAAAUAUUAUUAUAUCAUGUAAGCAUCUUAACAAUGAACACCUAUUUGUCCUUUCAAAUAUAAUACCUUUAUUGUUGACCUUGCUUGUUUUUUUCUUUUCAUUCUUAAUAAAUUAUGUAUUAUAAUAUGUCAAAUUCUUCUUUUUAUUGUUAAAAUGUUUAUAUCAGUUAUAAUAGGCAUAUAUACAAUAUUUACCAGGGGGUCUCUGUCCCUGUUUCUGCGCCUUUAUCCAUCAAGGUGUCCCUGAUCUGAAGACCUCUGCUCUUUCUCAGGUACUUGCCCACACAUGUCUCACGGUGAUCUUUGCCUCGCGCUCACACACGAGGGACAGUUGUCACCAC